AUGCUUGGGAUCAUUCGAAAAAAGUGCACUCUUUUAGAUGAUAUGAUGAUUGAUGAUGUCAAAGCACAGUUUGAGGAUAAGGACGAUCAAGUUCGAAUUGCGGCGAUCCAAACAUUCCAAAAUUGGGUCACGUACACCCAGGGAAGACAUCUCCUUCAGGAUCUUGAUGUCCAGGCCAAGUUUGGGAGAUCGGAAAGCAUUCGAUCCGCAGCUUUUAGGGCGAUGGGAAAACAGCGUCAUUUGGGCCCAAAAUGGAUCGAAUUCCUUGACGUACAGCUUCAAAAUACCCUGAAUGAAGGCAUAAAUCCCAGUGAGGCAGAUCAAGCGCAACGACAAAAGGCAAGAACCGGCAAAUCCAACAUCGCAAAAGAGAUAAUCCAGGCACUGGGACAACAGCAAGGCCUACGGCCAGAUAAUCUGCAGCUCCUGCUAGCGCAAAUCCAGAAUCGAGAUAGCUCAGUCCGGCAUACGGCUAUCGAUGCAGUGAAACUUCAUUGUCCAAACAACUGCCUCAUUGGGGAACUCACGCUGUGGCUAGAAAAUAAAGAGCUAUCAACACAGAAAGCAGUGAUCGGCAACUCAAGCACCAAGAUAAGAUCAUCCGGGAAAGCAUUCAUUAGCGGACUACAGAAAUGGCUCACGCUUGAAGAUGAGAUUCUCGAUGCUGUGAUGGAAUGUCUGGGGGAUGAAGACAGCACUAUACGACGGACAGCUAUCAACAUCCUAGGAGGCCAACUUGCCUUCAAGGAUAAGUAUGCUGACGUUUUCAAAUCUCAAGUACAACAUGACAAAGAUAUUUCGUGCCAGAACACAGCACUGGAAUUCCUGUUGGAUUGGCUAUCCUUUGAGGACCUAGGUUUUGAUAUGAUCAGUGAGUGGAUUCGGGAUAAGAACAUCCAAUACACAGUUCUCGGUCACCUAAGCAGACGACCUCAGCUACGUCCUGAUCCUUCUUUGAAGUUUGUGAAACUGCUGAUUAGUUUGUAUUUGAAGGACAACGUUUCAGAGAAUGAAAAGAAAAAUUGGGGAGAAAAAGAGCUAGCAUCGAGGAUUCUCGCAAAUUUCCAUGAUGCUCAUCCGGACAUACAGGAUAAGUGUCUCGAAACCAUCAUGCAUGGGGUUAGAGUGUGGUCACCCGUUUGUGAAACGCAUGGCAGCCUUCGCAUUGCGAAAGUGGCCUGGAGUCGGGUCCUUUUACUUCAAGAGAGUUCUGAAUCAACUUACGAGCCAUAA